UAUUGCCUUUAUUGGAUGUCAAAAGGAAUUCACUUGUUUCUCAGUGAAGGAUCAAGGCUGUUUUGGUCACUGAAGCUGACUCCACACUUGAAGAACUACAUAAACUGUGUCUCUCCUUAUCCGCUUGCGUGAUUCGGAACUAAGAUGGAGCAGCUCAGUAACCGUCUCUGCAGGUAUAAGAACUUUAACUCACUCUCCACUAACACAACUGCAGAGUACAUAGCCUCUCUUCAGAGUUUUGAAGUAAGAGACAGCGAUGUGUUCCUUGUGUCUUAUCCAAAAUCAGGCACCAUAUGGGCUCAGCAGAUCAUCACUUCUAUCUAUGAGUUGGAUGGGCAUGUGACUGAAUAUUUUACCAACUCACAGAAGAUGCCAUGGCUGGAGUGGGUGUGGGGGUGCGCAGGGGGUGCAUACACUCGUCGCCCCUCUCCACGGCUCUUCACAUCACAUCUCUCCCAGGUUCUCAUGCCUCCAGGACUGAUGGACAAGAAGGGAAAGAUUGUGUAUUUGAUGAGGAAUCCAAAGGACAACAUGACGUCUUACUAUCACUUCAGCAAAACCCUUGCAGGCCUUGAGACUCCUCAGAGCUUUGCUCAGUUUUUCGAGUGGUACCUGACGGGAAACGGUACGUGUCUUCAUCUCCACUAUCUGCCUAAUGAUGAUGACCAAGAAGAGUCCAGGUCUGAUAAAUGAUAACAGAUAUCAAUGUGAUCAGGAAGAACUGAAAUUGAUUAUUUCAAACUGAACUGUUUGACAUACUUACCCAAGUGCACAGACUAACGGAUAAUAGCACAUCAUAUAGAAAAAAUUAUAUGGCUUUAUACUUCUUCCACAUAGCAUUUCACAAAAAUACUUUUGAUAGGACACAUACUGCAUAUCUAUUAGUUACUUUACAAAUUAAAACAGUGGUACCUCAGUUAUUUGACUCUUGACAUUGUAAAACCUUUUCACCAGAUUGAGCUAUUAGCAGAUAAGAUAAAUGUCUCAGAGUUGAAGAGACAGAAAUCAUUGACAGGUUAUUUGGAAAAAAAAACACAAAGGGCGUUCUGCUCACCUACCUGUGCUUGUGUCCUUCCUAAGCAAACAGAGGUGGGUCACACAAGAACAGCUUGUAAUCUUUUGAACUCAUUCCCCUUUUG